AUGUUCACCCAAUUUUCUAUCACCCUGCUUCUCGCAGGUAUCGUAGUUGCCGAGGACUGCGAAGCAGGAUGGACACCCUACAAAGUCAUGAACAGCUGUUAUAAGAUGGUGAACGGGCAGACAUUCUGGGAUGCCGAGGCGGAGUGCGCGUUGGAAGGAGCCCAUUUGACGUCGCUGAUGAACGAUGAAGAAAAUCAGUUCAUCGAGGGAAUGAUGGCCGAGAAAAUUCCUGGCCACAACGCGUGGAUUGGCGGCUUAUUGAUGACGAGGGAGAAGACACAGAUCCACUGGAUGGACGGUACACCUGUUGACCCCGAGAAUGUCAUUUGGAACAAGGGCAACAAGCCAGACAUCACAGAGCGGCGAUUCUGCAUACGCAAAACAAGCAAUGGGAGCCUGGAGCAAGAAUUUUGUGAUGAGCUGUACAAAGGGAUCUGCAAGCGACCGGUCGGCCAGGUGGCACCGAAGCUAGAGACGCCAACUUGCGAGGAGGGUUGGGAGGGGUCGAAGUGGACUGGCAGUUGCUACAAGUUGACGCCAGUUUCGAAAAGUGGCGCUGCUCGGGAGACUUGCCUGGGAUGGGGUGCUGACCUGGCUUCCGCUCUCACUUUCCUCGAAAAAGAGUUCAUUCUGGAAAAGGCCAAGGGCGCAAAAAACGAGGACACGUGGCUAGGGGCCAAACGGGGCGCCAACAAUGACUUUGAAUG